GGUACAUUGGGGCAUUCCAUAUCCGUAAGAUUCCAAACCAAUGAAAAAAGUGGCCUAGUGAGAACUGAAUAUUUAGCAGCGAAGAGAAGAAAACUGAGAACUGAAAACAGAGCUUCUUGCCCGUGCACUUUAAUCGUUACAUCACAGUUCCAUUUCCAUUCCGAUCUACUUAGCUUAGCUUCGGUUUCGGUUUCAGUUUCUGUCCUUAAACUAUUGUCCAUUCUCAAUGCGUAAUUUACCCAUCUGGUAAAAGGGAAUCCUUCCAACGACGUCGUUUCACUGCGCUUUCAUUACGGAUUUUGGACAUAAUUAUUUGCUUCUUUCUCCUUGUUGGCAUGAGAGACAGGACCAGUACGCUACAACCUACAACCUACAACCUUGGAAAAUGAUCCUAUGUUUCUCGUACUCUUUCUCUCUCUUAACCCCAACUCACAUAACACGAUAAAGUUGGGAUUUUUCAGUCUUUUUGCUUUAUAAUUUCAGUAUUCAGAGUUUAAUAUCGCCAUAAUCUAAGAUUCUCAGAGGAAAAUUUGUCCCCGCUGUGAUUCUUAAUUACCCAUUCUUUGGUUCCCUUUUCUCACUUUGUCUUUGGUGUUUGGAUUCUUAGAAAAAUACUAAGAAAACCCAAAAGAAGAAGCAGCGGCUGCAGCGGCAAAAGAAAAAGCAACAAAGAGUUCUCUUUUCUCUCUCUCUUUUCUCUUAGCUUAUUGCUUUCACUUUGAGGAAGAAAGCUUUGUUUAACGACAACUCCACCAUCACCACCUUCGACCCUUCCCUUUCUAACGUUGUUGUUUCCAAGAAGCCAAGCAUUCACUUUUGGGGGAAUCACGCUCUUUUUUUUUUUUUUUUUUUGCUUUCCUCUUAGUAUUUCUCAUGUUCUUCAACGUUCCUUCUUUGCUGCUUAUGGUGUUUGCUUAGUUCCCUUUCCUUCAUCAAUGGCCGACUCUGCCAAGGUGCGAUUGGUGCGUUGCCCGAAGUGUCAAAAUCUUCUUCCAGAACUUGCCGAUUACUCUGUUUAUCAAUGUGGGGGUUGCGGUGCUGUUCUUCGAGCGAAGCAAAAAGGGUAUGUGAGUGGUAGCUUGUCAGAUGAGGGGAAGGUUGGAGGAGAUUCUGGCAAAUCAGAUAAUUCAUUGGAGAAAGGCAUAGUUGAUCCAAGUGAUGGUUCAGAUGUUGAUGUCAAGUCCAACAGUGGCCCCUCAAGGGAUAAUAAUCAAAGGGAUAUGGAUAAAGCACAUAACAUAGAUGAGAGAUUUCAGAAUCAGUCAGAGGAUACUGAUGAGAAAGGGUUACUUGAGGAUGAUGUUGAUGUCAACAGGAUUAAAGAUGAGGUGGAUAAAGCAAAAAGAAGAGAACAGGAGGAAUCCAAGUCUCAAAUUGGUCAUGAGAAUGGGUCCAAAUUCUCUGGGAGAAUUUCUAAUUGGCAAAAUGGCAAGAGAAGUGAGAUGGAGGGGUUUUGGAGAAGGCCACGAGCUGAUAUGGAAAGUGUGAGAUUUUCCACUUCGAAUUAUCCGGAUGAGGGACCUUCGAAUGGCUAUUCUAAUUUUUCUAAUAACUAUAUGGAACCAUGGAGGAAUCAUAAAGGAGCAGAUGCUGUGAACAUGGUUCAGCACCUUGAACAAGAUCGAGCCGAGCUUCUAAGGAAGCUCGAUGAGUUAAAAGUCCAUCUCAGUAAGUCUUCUGAAAUGGUUAACAACCAAAAAGAUAAGCUUCUUCCUGAUGAAAGGAUGAUUCCUCCAGAUUCUCAUCCUUAUGGUGGCUCUGAUCCUACUUGGUUUUCGGAUGGGUCGUCAGGUUUGAACAGAACUUCAAGGCAAUUUUUUGGUGCUGAUAAACAUGUGGCAGGUCCCACUCAUUUCAAUUAUCAUCAUAAUCCAUUUGCUUAUACAAGUGGUCAUGACAUGGCAAUGCCCAACUUCCAUCCUUCAAUGAAUAAUCCUAAUCGAUAUGGGGAUCCUUUUGCAUCCCAAAUGCUGAGGAGAGGUCCACAUCAGUUCCCGCAGCAACCAUUGCAUCCCUAUGUUCCUGGACGGUAUGUGGAUACUAAUCCGGAUUCGUAUGAACUAUAUGCACACAAUGCAAUGCUUCACCCACCCUCUUGCUCUUGUUUCCAUUGCUAUGAUAACAAACGUAGAGGUUCAGUGCCAAGCAGAUUCCAUGAUGCCUCAAAUGAUCCUAUGUUAUACCAUCAUGAAAUCCCUGGGGCAUUUGGUCCACAUGUUCAUAAUUCUAGAACUGCCAUUCCUCCUGUGACUUUUCGUGAAAAACAAUUACAUGCGAGAUGGCCUAGUGACUUCAACUCUGAGAUGGGUGGUUUUGUUCGAAGCCGUCCUCGGAAAGUAAUGCUAACUAGCAGUAGCCAGCGUUGCCGUCCUGUAGCUGGUGGUUCACCCUUCUUUGCAUGUCAUAAUUGCUUUGAAUUACUGCAAUUUCCUAAAAAAGCAUUGGUUCUGUUGAAAAAUCAGCAGCAGAAAGUGCGAUGCGGAGCCUGUUCUUCAGAAACCAGCUUUGCUAUCAUCAAUAAUAAGCUGGUUGUUUCUCCUAAUUUAGAAACGAAGGAAGUUCCUUCAAGGGGUGAUGAUAGCUCUAAUGAGGUUGUGAGUAGCCGAGUGUCUCAUUCCCGUGGCCAUGUGAACAGGACUGCUAACUUCUCAUCUGAUGAUUAUUCUGGUUAUGAUUUUCACUCGGUAGACAGAGACCCUCUUUCACUGGGUACUUUGAAUUCUAACAAGUCCCAGGAGAUGGAAAGUUUCCAUUCUUCAUCUCUCAGUACCUCUGAAGAUGAAAAUAGUCCAGAAGUGAUGGUUGCUCCAAGGGAGCCCACUAAGUCCAUUCAUCAGCCUACUACAGACUCUCUAUCUCCUCCUCCUGCCGGUUCACCUCUGCAAGAGUAUUUUGAUUACUCCAAUAAUAAUCAUGCAGUAAACCGGUUUGGAAAAGGGAACCGAAGUAGUCGCUCAGAGCAAGAGAAGACAAAAGUGGACAAGAUGUCGUCACGUCAAAAUUCUUUGAAAGAGGCAGCACUGGCAACUGAGAUGGAUGUCCAUGAUUAUUCUAACACUGGGGUCUCCCAGGAUUCUGGAGAUACAAGCCGAGAACAUGAUCAUCCUAGAUCCAACAAAGGGGGUGAAUCAUUUUUUGCAAACAUUAUCAAGAAAAGCUUCCGAGAUUUCUCCCGAUCUAAUCAUGCAGAUGAUCGUAGCAAAAUUAAUGUUACCGUAAAUGGGCAGCCCAUAUCAGAUCGUGUGAUCAAGAAGGCUGAAAAGCAAGCCGGACCAAUCCAGCCUGGAAAUUAUUGGUAUGAUUUUCGGGCUGGAUUUUGGGGUGUCACUGGUGGGCCUUGUCUUGGAAUAAUUCCUCCUUUUAUAGAAGAGUUCAAUCAUCCCUUGCCAGAGAAAUGUUCUGGUGGGAAUACAGGUGUUUUUGUAAAUGGUAGGGAACUUCACCAAAAAGACUUGGAUUUGCUAGCCGGAAGGGGACUUCCCACUGAUACAGAUAGAUCUUAUAUCAUUGAAAUUUCUGGGAGAGUCUUGGAUGAAGACACAGGAGAAGAGCUGGACAGCCUUGGCAAACUUGCACCAACAGUGGAGAAAGUGAAGCAUGGAUUCGGAAUGAAAGUACCUAAAGCAGCUACAUAAUCAAAGUUUAGAAACAAACAUUCUGCGACAGGUUUGAGGAGGUGAAUUUUGCUCCAUUUUUCUGAUUCGGAAACAUUAGGGACCUGAUAAUGGAACAAAUCUGAAAAUAUUCGCAAGAUUACUUGAUAUUCUUCCUUUGUAUGAUCAAGUUCAAGUGCUUUUGUGCAUGGCUUGAAUUUAGAUUCACAUGUAAUGUGUAAUUUUUUUAUGUUUGUUUGUUGAAAAGGAAAAAAAAAAAAAACUGCAUUAUAAGCUCUGUGCUUGAUACCAGGUAGUCUUGGGAAAAUUUGAAGUUAGUGUGCGUAAAGUCCUGCACUAGUGUAGAAUUUGAUGUGUAAAAUUUUAUAAUUUUAUUCCUUGAUCAGUUUGCAUUAGUUAUGCAUUUCUAAGUGGAAAUAUUUUAUUAUGAUCUGGAGCAAGAUUACUGUGGAUUCUUCUAUCUCGUGUGCACGCAUUUUGAUUAGAUGUAAAUAAAAUAUGUAAUUUUUUUUACUUUUGUAUCUUAUUAUCAAGAGAGGAUAAGGUAUUGUUUCGGGCUAUUGGGUAAAGUAAUAUUUCUUGCAUCUC